CAUGAGGACGGACUGAGUGGAGCGGCGGCGGCGGCUCGCUGCAGCUGCAGGACGGCAGAUGGCACCGCUGCGCCGUUCCUGCGGACCGCUCUUGGCUCGGAGACGCGUCCACGUUGUUCACACUGUCUGCUUUCGCUCCACUUCCCCUCUUCAGCGUCCCACCCUCACUCUCUGCCUCUCCAGCUUCCAGUGUGCACCUAUCCGUCUCCCACAAGCAUCAGCUGCCUCUUCCAUCAGUCUCCGCGCUCCUACGGCGCACAGAAAUAAACCAGCAAGGCGAUGGGAACUCUGCGCCCGGAACGAGCGGUCUCCGCGGCCGCCGCGAGCCUCUGCAUUUUCCUGCUGACCGCCGCGGCGGUGUGGACGGCGCUGCCCGGAGCCGUGCAGGGGGACAGCGGGUCUUUGAGCCGGCGCGGCGGUAGCGGGGAGGAUCGGACGUUUGACGCGGGCGGCGGCGGUGGCGGGGUGCCGCGCGCCAGGAGAGCCGCGUCCUGGGAUAAACGGAUGUCCCUGCUCAGCAGCUCGUUUGUGCUGAAAGGAGAUGCGACGCACAACCAGGCGAUGGUCCACUGGACGGGAGAGAACAGCAGCGUCAUCCUGAUCCUGACCAAGUAUUACCAUGCCGACUCAACCAAGGUGUUGGAGAGUUCGUUGUGGAGGUCCACUGAUUAUGGGACGACCUACACCAAACUCAACCUGAUUCCAGGGACAACCAUCGUGGUGACCAGUUUCUACAUCUGUCCAACCAACAAGAAGAAGGUGGUCCUGGUGGGCUCGUCCAUCAACGAACGAGACCAGAUGCUCUUCAUCAGCACAGACGAGGGCUCCUCAUUCCAACGGCAGGCAGUCGUCUUCACACCAGAGACCGUCAUCUUCCAUCCAAAGGAGGAAGACAAGCUGCUGGCAUACUGCAAGGACGGACGGCUCUUCGCUUCAACCGAUCUGGGCCGCAAGUGGACUUUACUCCAAGAGAGGGUGACCAAGGACAGAAUCUUCUGGUCUGUAUCUGGUGUGGAUUUGGAUCCUGAUCUGGUGCACAUGGAAAUGCAAGAUUCAAGUGGAGGCCACCUCUACGUUACCUGCCUCAUCCAGAACUGCUCGGACAAAAUGCUGACCGCCCAGUUUCUGGGUAGAAUCGAUCACAAUUCGCUGCUGGUGCAAGAUGACUACAUAUUUGUAAAGGUCACAACAGGUAAUCGCACCAAGCACUACGUGUCGUAUCGGCGCAAUGAGUUCGUCCAGAUGAGGUUUCCCAAGUAUGCCCUGCCGAAGGACGUUCAGAUAGUGAGCACAGACGAGAGCCAGGUGUUCCUGGCCCUCCAGGAGUGGUACCAGUCCGACACGUACAACCUGUACCAGUCGGACUCGCAGGGCGUCUACUACUCCCUGAUCCUGGAGAACGUCCGCAGCACCAAGCAGCCGGAGGAGAGUGUCCUCAUCGACAUCCUGGAGGUGCGUGGGGUGAAAGGCGUAUUCCUUGCCAAUCAGAAAAUUGACGGAAAAGUGACGACUCUCAUCACCUUCAACAAGGGGCGGACCUGGGAGCCCCUGACCCCGCCCGCCACAGACAUGAACGGCAAACCAGUCAGCUGCAAAGUACCGGAUUGCCGCCUCCACCUCCACCUGCGCUGGGCCGACAAUCCCUACGUCUCUGGCACCGUCCACACUAAAGACUCGGCUCCGGGCCUCAUCAUGGGUGCUGGUAACCUUGGCUCCAAACUCGUAGAGUAUAAGGAGGAGAUGUACAUCACUUCAGACUGUGGGAAGACAUGGAGACAGGUGUUUGAGGAGGAGCAUCACAUCCUGUACCUGGACCACGGUGGAGUCAUUGUUGCCAUCAAGGACACGUCUAUUCCCCUCAAGAUACUCAAGUUCAGCAUUGAUGAAGGCAGAACCUGGAACGUUCACAACUUCACCAGCACGUCUGUGUUCGUGGACGGACUCCUGAGCGAACCAGGAGACGAAACUCUGGUCAUGACUGUGUUUGGCCACAUCAGCUACAGGUCGGACUGGGAGCUGGUCAAAGUGGACUUCAGGCAGUCGUUCCCCCGUCAGUGCACCGAGUCGGAUUACGAGUCCUGGCAGCUCACAGACCUGCAGGGGGAAAAGUGCAUUAUGGGACGAGAGCGGACCUUCAGGAAGCGGAAGGACAGCGCGUUCUGCGUGAAAGGAAAGAGCUACACGUCGGCUCUCACCGCCACGCCCUGCCAGUGCACCGACAACGACUUCAUCUGUGAUUACGGCUUUGAGCGCUCCUACAUGGAGGGCGAUCGAUGCUUCCCAGACUUCUGGUUCGAUCCCGAAUCUCCCCCAGAGAGCUGCCACCUGGGACAAAACUACCAGUCGAGCACUGGCUACAGGAAGGUGAUAUCAAACUCUUGCGAGGGAGGCCUCGACAAGCAGCAGAGUGCCAAACAGCACAGCUGCCCUCUGCUGCCCCCUAAAGGGCUGAAGGUCGACAUUAAAGGCCAGAUGCUGGCCGUGGCCCCUGGCGAUGACAUCACGUUCAUCGUCCACCAGGAGCAGGGCGACACGAGCAGCACCAGGUAUCAGGUGGACCUCGGCGACGGCGUUCGAACCAUUUACCAGAACCUGACGGUGACUGACGAGCCCAUCCAGCACCGCUAUGAACAGCCCGGCGUUUACAAGGUGACAGUGAAGGCAGAGAACAUGGCGGGACACGACGAGGCCACCAUGUACAUCCAGGUCACAGAGCCUCUGCAGGAAGUUCACCUGGAAGCGGUUCCCCUCGCCAGGAGAAACGGUGAAGUCAACCUGACGGCCGUAGUUCUUCCCACUACAGCCAACCUGACCGUCUUCUACUGGUGGCUCGGCGACGGCCCUACGCCCAAACUGACCCUCCAGAACAGCCUUUUGACCCGUUUCCCCGAGAGCGGAGAGGUUUCUGUCACCGUCCAGGCGUCCAACGGCCGAUCCAUGGUGCAGGACACAAAGAUCGUCAGAGUCUAUGACAACUUCCAAGUCAUCCCGCUGAGCUUCAGCAGGAACCUGGACCGUUUCAACCCCAACAUCCCGGAGUGGAGGGACGACGUCGGCCAGGUGGUCACCAAGCUCCUGGCCAAGACCACAGGCGUACCUCAGGACUCUCUGGUUACCGUGGUGAACCCAGGCCUCCCCACGACGGCCGACCUGUACGUGUUGCCGCUGGACUCCAAACCAGCCAAGGGCAGCAUAUUGGUAGAUAAGCGUAUCCCAGCGGUCGUUCAAGCGGUCAGCGACAAGAACGUGAGCUUCAUGGUCCGAGGAGGUCUGCGGGUGUUGGUGAUGUUGGCCGACCCGAACGCAGGCUACCACGGAGCAGCCGGAGGGCCAGGCGUUUGGGCACUGGCUGUUAUAUUCCUAAUAAGCGUCAUUGGCACCGGCUCGUUCAUUCUGUACAAGUUUAAAAGGAAGCUCCCUGGCAACCGCAACAUCUACGCCCAGAUGCACAACGAGAAGGAGCAGGAGAUGACCAGCCCCGUCAGCCACAGCGAGGACACGCAGCACAUCAUCCAGGGCGAGGAGUUCAUCGACGACGACCUGGACUCGCAGACUCUAGCCAGGCCACUAACUCCAGCAGCUAACACACACCAAGGCAACCACUCAGGUGUGAUCCUGAGCAUCAACUCCAGAGAAUUACAUGGUUACCUGAGCAGCUGAUGGCUGACGGGGCAUCGCUGACGGGCUAGCCCAGCCUAGCCGAGCCAGCUAACAAGCACAGGGACUCUGACUUCCUUUUCCUCCCUCCCUCGCCUCUCUCUCUAUCUCUCUCUCUCUCUUUUUUUCAUCCACGUUGGGAACUUCAGAUCUACCCAGCAGCCUCUUCAAACCCAACUUUUUGGUGAUCUGUUUGAAUUUCUUUGUAUUCCACGUCCCUUUCUUCUCCUUUUCAAUUCAUCUCAACUCUGAAGACGUGUUUGAGGUUCAUGUGUUGAUUUGUGUCAGUGCUUCAAAAGUAGCACAACUUCCCUUCCUGGUUUUAUCUGAUAAGAUGGUUGAUCAGUGCAGGCCAGCAGCGACUGAAAUCAGGCCUCGCAAAAGUAUUACUACCAGCUAAACCUUUAUAAUUAGUAUUUGUCAUGUUGCAGCUAUGAACUUCAGUGUGUUGGGCGUUUAUGGCACAAAGUAGCGUAAAUCCUCUUGACUACCGUGAAAAAGAGUUGGGGGUUUUUUGUACUUUCCAAAUUGUGUGGAAAUUUGAACUACGGGUAGCCGCAAGGAUAUUUGUAAAGUAGAAAGAAAUUAUACAUGACUUUUCUUUUUUUUUUUAAAGAUAAAACAAAUCGAUUAUUUGUAAAACCACAUUUCUCUACAAGAUUUCAUGGAGAACAUCUGUGAAAAGAAAUCGUUACUUAAAUCGUUACUUCGACUAGGCCACUCUAACGUGGUCUGGGUUACUGUGAAUUUGAAGAAGCCUCUGAUUGAAGACAAAUUUUUUUUACAUACAUUCUUGGAACUUAACGCAUGAAAGGCUGGUGUGCGUUUCUGUAAACCGUUCCGCUGUAGCUCCUGUGGUAUGAAGAAUGUUUUUCCUCCAGGCUGUUUUCAAAGCCCAAGAUUUUUUUUUGUCACAGUUUUUAUCUGCUCCGGUUUUCCCCUUUGCAGCGUCCCCCACAGCAUGAUGCUGCCAACACUAUGUUUCCUGCUGGUGCGAUCAGAGCGAUGGCUUGCAGUGAUUUUUCGUGUAUGCCAAAAAGCUCAACUCAGGUUUUCCUGUGAUUUAUUUUGUUCAAACCAAGCACAGAAUUUGGAUAAAAAUUGUCCACAAAAUAUUUUAACAUGAUAUCAACACGAUUUGUGUUGACUUUUCCUCAAAAAACAAAAAAUAAAUAGAAAAUAACAAAUCAAAUCAAAAAUAUUUUUUGUGGUAGAGCUGAAAAACAGUGGUGCAAAAAUAAAGUGAAAUUUCAAUAGAAAAUCUGAAACCAAAAUAAUAAUCUUACACCUCAACCUAACAACCAUGAAUCGUUUUCCUUCUACUUUACAUUAUGCAACAAUUUAAGUUGCUGUAUUAAUAACACAUUGAACUUUGUGGUUGCAAUGUGCCCAAAUAUAGAGCUUUGAAGGAGUACAAAUACUUUUCCGAGGCACUGAGUGGUUCUGUUAGAGCGUUAAAUGUCGGCCAUGCUGGGGUCGUGAUGUUAAAUGAAAGAUGAGCUUUUACUCCUUUAUUUACCUUUCAUCUCCCCCAAAGUUAGCACUCCUCUCUUUUUACAAGGCAAUAAUAAUCUCAAUGGAAUGUACAGUAUAAUAAAACCCUUGUGAACUUGCAUAUGAAGGGAAUAAGCAUGCAAACACAAGAGGGCGGUGUUGCACUUUCUUGGAAUUUCCACUCACAGGUACUUCUCACCUCCUUGGGACUGCGCCAUUAUGUCCACAUAGCUUUGAUCUUUUUUUUUUUUCGUUAUCCUACGUCACCAUUGUUCCGGAUCCUUGUUUAAAAUCGUAUGAAUAUCGAUGUGCGGUGUUUCAAAUGAGUAUCAGCUCUCGUGUGUCCCAUGGUGCCUAAGACGGCAGACUUCGAUCUGCUCUGUGACAUUUCUCUGUUAUCAUGUUAUUUGUGUUUUAAGUCUCCCGCGGUCUCAGGAGGAGCGCGUUCAAACAGCGGGGUGGGAGCGGCGAGAGGUUCCCGAAACCACACACACACACACACACACACACACACACACACACACACACACACACACACACACACACACACACACACGCACACGCGCGCGCGCACACACACACACACACAAACUCGUAAAAAGGUCGCGCGCGGAGUCGCCACACAGGGUAAAAAGCUCGCGGCUUCUUAAUCUGCCCCAUUUCUGACCGCGGGAGGGUUAAAAAAAAAAAAAAGAAGAAGAAGAAGAAAUAAAGAAUGGCCCUUUCUGCUCCUCCUCCUCACACGUUGUGGGUCGGAGCGGACUCUUUCCCCUGGAGACGAAGGUCGCCGACAUGAGGAGAAAGGGGGCAUGUCGACGUGUUCUGUAUCAGCCUAUAUUAGGCGUAGCCCACGGGGAAAUCUUGUCUCUUUAAAGGUUUGCUUUUGUUGUUUGUAAAUGUGUAAAUAUGAAUAGCGAUUUCCACUUUGUACAUAUUCCCAUCAACGUGUGUGUUUGUGUUUUACACGACUACCAAAAUAAAUCUUUUUUUAUUAUUAUUAUUAUUAUUAUUUUCCUUUCUCUUUCUGGAUCGAUUCGCCAAUUUCUUUCCUAACGACGAUAUAUAUAUACAAAAAGUUUCCGGUUUCAUUAUCAUCGCUUGCUUUCCUUGUAUUCAUUUCAAUAUGACUGUGUUUUCCGAUCUGGAAUAUUUCACACUUGUCGCUAACUGGAAGUAAGACUGUCAUCUCCAAAAGAUGCUGACAGCUACUGUAUACAGUAAUUAUUAUGUAUAUGGAUAUUUUUGAUACACAAGUUCAUUUUCUUUUCCUGAUGACUCUGUGCGACUGAUUGCACUAACUGGUUUACGAAGUACGACGCAGUCCGAUGAAAACCUUAAAUCUGAAGGCCUUUGCAGACCAAUAACUAGCAGCAGCUGCGUUUCCACUGGCCAUAAAAUUGCGCAAGUUUAUAUUAUUAAAAUAAAUUUGCUUAAUGGAAACGCGACAAUUUAGAGAAAGAAAAACAAAACGUUUUUCGCUAGAUAAAGUUAGGAUGUUAGGAUGAGGUGACCUUUUGACCAAACUAUGAAAAAUAUUGCAUUUCGCAAAACUGCAACGGAAACAUUUUUCUUCCCCAUCACGAGUCAUGUGAUCAACAACCGGAAGUUACAGCUAAUGGAAAAGACGAAGUGGUAGAAGAAUGAUGGCACAGAAUGUUUUUUUUUUUAAUGAAUAAACUUAAUUGAUUUUAAUUGUAUUCUUAUUUAACGGAAACACCAAAAUUGUGUUUUUUUUUCCCCGUUAUUUUUGUAUUUUUUUUUUUAGACACUAGCUAACAUUAGCUCUUGCGCACACCUGUUAUGGAAACGCAGCUACUGCUGCCACGACCACUCUUGGGGUUUAUCACGUAUUGAAUACGGCACAUUACAUUCGCUUGUUUACACCUUAAAUCAUCUUUUGUACAUAUUCUGCUCAUGUUCCAGUUAGUUUUCGUAGUGAGGUGUCGUCAUUGUAUCAAUGUUCCUUUAAGCAGGAAGGGGGAACGUGAGGGGUUGUGAUAUUCCACUGUAUUAGUCCAGUGAGUUUCACGGGUGAUGACACUGACGUUGUGAUUUGUGCCACGCUGCUUUUUCUUUGGUUGCGUUUUCUAUUCGCUGGUUUGUUUGAUCUCUUCGUUUGUGUGCUGUCUCUUCAGGAAGCGUAAUGCACUGAACCUGCAUCCUGAAAUAAAUCACUCCCAUAACUUGUA